UCACUGUGUUUCAGUGGGUCACAAAGACUUGAAAGGAGCGAGAACGACAUGCAUGUUCAGGUAGUCCCCAGGUAGCACAUAAGAUUUGCUGGAUCUUACAUGCCACGGCGACAUUUGUUUUUGCGUCUUUCUGUGGGAAUGAAAGCAGAGGCACGGCACUGAAUGUGUCACACAGGUGCGCAGCACAGACGGCUGCUAUAAAAGGGACGAUGGGGCAGGAAGAAAUGCAUCCGAACCACACAACUCCCCAUAUUUCACCAGUACCCAGCAAACCUGUAUUUCCUGGUUACUAUUCACUCAUCCCUUUGGUUGUGCUCAUACUGAUUGGAUGCAUAGUGGCAGUGGUUGUUUAUAUCAGAAGAAAAAUGAGAUUGGAUGAUUUGCGGCAUAGGUUGAUUCCUUUGUACAGCUAUGACCCUGCUGAGGAACAGGAAGACUGGGGUGAUGCUGGCAGGGAGGAUGAGGAUGCGGCGCUCAAUGAACCUUUGUACAAGGCGGCACAGCUCACCAUUUCCUCUGGCUCGCAACAUGAUCACAAAUUUCAGAAGAAACUCAUUUAGGCAAAUAAAUCUUUAUUUGCUCUACAUGCUGCACAGCAGCAGCUUGUUGCCUGGAUUCAAAGUGUAUAUAGAGGUUGUGGUUGAAAUGUGACUUAAAGCAAACACCAGAUGG